AUGGAAUUUCCUAUUUUAGAGAAUAGAAAUUGGAUAAUAUAUCGAGUUGGUGGUGCUCAGUUAUUUCUAGUAAACAGAAAUGAUGGUUCAUAUAUAAUUCCAGUUGCCAUAAGAAAUAUUAAUUUUGAAUCUACACCUAAUUUUGAAUCUUAUUUAGAAUCUAACUUUGUAGUAAACUCUUUUUUGACAAAUCAUAUUGUCACAUCUAAUGAACAAAAGCAAAAAUCUAAAGAAAACUAUGAUAAUACAUUAAGUAUUACAAAUAUUAUUUUCAAAAAAACAACAAAUAUCAAAGAAAUAUUUAAAAAUUUCAGAAGAAUUUUACAAGAUGAAAAUAAUAUUGAAGAAGAAACAAUUCUUAUUGUUCUUAAUAACAGUGAUAACUUAACAAUAGAUAUUUUUAAUUGGAUCCAAAAGUGUGACAAUAUCACUUUAUUAAAUAAACCAAAAAUCAGAUUAAUGAAUAAAUUUGGUAUUGAUACUGGAGAACUAAUUUAUGAUAUUAUGCAAAUAUUUUAA